ACGUGACCGAGGAAGAGGCACAGAUCCAUUACACAAUAAUAAAAAUAUGCCUUUGGCAACGUGGAGCCAAAGAGGAGCUGCUGCAGGGAGCUCAGACUACGCACGAGAAGGAGUAAAACAGGAAUAAAAAGGACCAAAGUCAAUCCUGCACAGCCCUCCCAGGACCUGCUGUGGCAGGACCGGGCUGUGGAUCUGCAGCAAAACAUCUGCCUGAAGCCCUGGGGGCUGCCAGCGCCUGUCAGGAUCUCACUGAGGAGAUCAGGCUGGCAUUGGUCACGGCCCAAAGGUCUCUAACCCUGGUGACAAAGCCAUUGGUUAAAAUGCCAUUGGAAAAUCAGCCCUGCUGCUGCACAGCCUCCUGUGCUGGGCUGGCUGCCCACGCCACGGAGAGGGGAGAUGCUGAUCUGCUUCCAGUUUGCUUUUUGGAGCUCAUCGGACCUUCUACAUCGAGGAACAAUUUUCCUUUUAAGGUGGAACAGCAUGAGGCUGUGCCAUGAUCUCCGCUGUGCUGCUCCUCUGGACCGUGCCCUGCGUGGCAAACCACAUCCUGGGGGGCUUUGCCAAGCGGGAGCUGCAGGAGGGUGCCCAGCUGGCCUGCAGCCUGCCCGGGCCCCCCGGGCCCCCCGGGCCCCCGGGCGUGCCCGGCACUCCCGGCACCGUGGGCAGGAUGGGCUUCCCGGGCAAGGACGGCAGGGACGGCCAGGACGGGGACAAGGGCGAGCACGGCGAUGAAGGUCCCCAGGGCAGAACAGGAAACCCUGGCAAGCCAGGCCCGAAGGGGAAAGCAGGAGCCAUUGGCAAGGCAGGGCCCCGCGGGCCCAAGGGUUUAAAGGGCAGUCCCGGGAAAAACGGGGCCCCGGGGAAGAAAGGGCCCAAAGGGAGCCAGGGCGAGGCCGGGCUGCCCGGGCCCUGCAGCUGCGGGGCCAGCAGGGCCAGGUCUGCCUUCUCGGUGGCCGUGUCCACCAGCUACCCCAGGGAGAGGCUGCCCAUCAAGUUCGACAGGAUCCUGAUGAACGAGGGAGGACACUACAAUGCUUCCAGUGGCAAGUUCAUCUGCAGCAUCCCAGGGAUUUACUACUUCACCUACGACAUCACUUUGGCCAACAAGCACCUGGCCAUUGGCCUGGUGCACAACGGGCAGUACCGGAUCAAGACUUUCGAUGCCAACACCGGGAACCACGACGUGGCCUCUGGAUCCACCAUCCUGGCACUGAAGCAGGAGGAUGAGGUGUGGCUGCAAAUCUUUUACUCAGAGCAAAAUGGGCUCUUUUAUGAUCCCUACUGGACUGACAGCUUAUUUACUGGAUUCUUGAUUUAUCCUGACCAAGAUUAUCUCAAUGAAGUGUAGGAGGAGAAACUAUGGGGAAAAAAUAGGAAAUGGGCCUCAGUCCAACCAAGUGGGGCCUUACGUGGGACAUGCCUGGGAUUAUCAGAUGAUUCCCCAUUUGCCUAUGGGAUUAUCAGCUGAUUGUACCCUGUAUGGGCUAUUGAGACUUUUCCUUGAUGCCGUCAAACCCACAGGGUACCAGGCUUUCAGCAGCCUCAUGAAUGUCUCCAUCCCAAAGCCAUCCAUUAUGUAUUCCAUGAUUAUUCAUUCCAACAUGCCAUGGACAUGUAACUCAAAUACUGGUGCAGAAUGCUUUGGUUAUUGCAUUGUUAUAAUAAAGCAUGGAAACCAACAGUCAUUCCCUAAAGCUGAGCUGGGAAGAGCCACUGAUGCUGGAGAUUGUGUCACUGGGCUUCCUCCCCCGCACCCCAGCACAGUCCUUGUUAAUGGAAUUGGGCUUUGCCAGCCAAAAAGAGUCAGGAAUUUGCCAGCUGGAGCUGUAAAAGUCCCUCCCAGCCCCAUCAAGGCAGCUCUAACAGCAAAGGCAUCUGGUCUGCACAGGAAGUGAUUAAAAGGUCUUGUUUUUAAGGCUCAGGGCUCCUCUCAGGGCACAAAGUGGUGCUCUGAGCACCACUGGUGUCCCUCAGAGCAGAGAAUCAGAGUCACAGAAGGGUUUGGUUGGGAAGGACCUUAAAUCUCAUCUGGUUCCACCCCUGUCAGAUACUUAAGAAUGGAGUCAGCAUUAACAUGAUGUUUGUAAAACCAAGAAAGAGACGAAGACAGAACUUUAUUUUAUUUAUUUUAUUUAUUUUAUUGUUGGCUUUCAGUGCACUGGAAGAGA